GUCUGUUCAGGUCCUGGCCCACUCUGCUGGUGCUAUGCCUUUGCUUAUAAAAGACCAGUCGCACCUUGUUCCUCCAUGGCUCGCUCGCAGCUGUUCAAACAACCGGUACACAUUCGCCGACAUUUUCGCCUAAACAAACGAAAUGACGACAUUCCUAGACCGUGUCACUGCAACUGGCCGUGAACAUGUUCGGAAUCAUCUCCAUCCAUUCUGCAGCUUAUGCAAAGAGGAGCUCGACAUAUAUAGCAAGGUCGUCAUCUUUGACUUGGCCUCUGACGACGAGCAUCCAAUCGGUUGCAAAACACACAUGAUCCGUUCAUUCAGGAGAUCUCAUGAGAUCACUCCUCAAGAGAUUCCUUGUGAAGCACAGAGGUCGUAUUGCGCAGACAUCAACUGCCAUCAGUGCUCGCCUAAUUGUCGCAGCGUGAGCGCACAUCAGAAAUGCGUCAAAUGGCUACAAGACAUAUCCCAUGCUUUCGAAAAGCAGAGUGUGCUUGAUUCCGACAGCUACGUUAUUUUCUUCCUACGCACGCAAUCGCCUUGGACGCUAUGCUGGUCUGGUCCGCUCUUACCCCCGAAACUACUGUACGAGCCUGGGCAUGAAGCGCCUAGCGGGGAAGAGCCGCCUCAGCGUCAACUUCGACCGUACGGCCCGGCAGAGCAGGAUGAGCAUCCACCUCGACCACGCAGCCGGGCAGAGCAGGAUGAGCAUUCACCUCAGCCACCGUACUUGCCGAUUGAGAUAAUGAUGCAAAUAUUCAAUCUCGCAGAUGAAACCUCCCGCCGGUGGCUUUAUUUGCGUCAUUCAGUUCUAAGGCCCAAACCCUGGAUGGUGGAGAAGCGAUGGGACCUCAGGCGUGUCCGCUCAUGGAAACGCGGCGAAGAUCCAAAAGUGGUGGAUUCGGCCGUGCCCAGUGAAGACCUCUGGCUGAAAUUUGAUUGUUCUGGACUCGUCGAGCUCUGUACUGCGAGUGAGGCAGGUGUUCACGGCUGGACUGACAUCUACCUUUUCUGCAAGGUCGACUCGACAAGCCGUCUUCAAGAUAGCCAUGCUAUCUUCCAGUCGGGGAUGUGCUACGUCAAGCCACCGGAUGACUAUGGUGGGCAGAUAUUACUCGCGAACUCAACAAUCGCGUACAACAAAUUGCUGCCACCCGAAUCUGAAUCGGCAAUCGUGGCGAAUGGGGUACCGCUCCAGAAGUGCUUUGGCAUCACGUUCUUUUUGCUGCAAACCACCGACGACAUUGUUGGUGUGCAUGUACACACGAAGAGCAUCUCACACCCCACCAGAACUCACAGGUGGUUAGAAGCUUCUAAGAACUGUCGGCUGGGGAGCAUAUUCAUACCACUGGCGCCACUCGGAGCCAGUUUCAUGGUCGUGAAGUGGGACAUGGGCGGGUUCUCGGUACGUCUUCGGCAGCCUCUACAGGGAAGCUUGAGCUGACAAGACCAGUUUCAUAAUGAGUUCGGGACUCGUUCUGUUGGUCGUGCUCGAAAGCCCAUCCAGCCAGGGGA